AUGAUUUAUCUACCUCUUGUGGCUGUCGCACUCCUUCCAUUCACUCUCGCUGCUCCCCAGCCAGAUGCAGGUGUUAUUCAUGUCCCAAUCGUCAGACGUAGUCGAAUAAACAGAGUCGCAAACUUACCGAAAGCCGUGGAAGCACUGCGGACGAAAUAUGGUUAUCACCCAACAAAUGCCCCAUAUUCCAAGCGAGCAAACACUGCUACAAUUGCGAUCACCGAUGAGGAAAACGAUUCCAGUUACUCAGGUAUUGUAAGCAUAGGAACUCCGCCGCAGGACUUCAAUCUUAUUCUUGACACUGGUUCUUCCGACCUUUGGGUUGCAACAUCCUCGUGUACCUCUUGCGCAUCAACUGAGUUUAUUGCCUCAAAAUCCUCGUCAUACCAGUCAUCAGGCGCUUCCCUGGAAAUUACUUAUGGCUCAGGAUCGGUCAAAGGGACUACCUCCCAAGACACGGUCAGCUUCGGUGGCUUCACCAUCACUCAGCAAGAACUCCUGGCUGUUUCUUCACUUACAUCUGGCUUGCUUGAUAGUGUCCUCUCAGGUAUCAUGGGUCUCGGGUUCAACACCAUUUCUGCCCUCAAUGCCACUCCUUUUUGGCAAGCCCUCUAUAAUGCCAACCAGCUCUCACAACCCUUGUUCUCUUUCUAUCUUGAACGCUAUAUCGACCAAGCCAUUAUGGACAAUGCCCCGGGUGGUACCCUCACUCUCGGCGGAACAAACUCGAGUUUGUACCAAGGCUCUAUCGAGUAUUUGAGCCUAGCUGGUUCACCAUCGUAUUGGUUGCUCAAUGUUAACUCGCUCUCUGUGCAAGGCCACACGGUUAGUGUCGGAUCCAGUUCUCUUGCUGCCAUCGACACAGGCACUACCCUCAUCGCCGCACCCAGUACCGUUGCCGCAGAUGUUUGGGCCCAAGUUCCAGGCUCCGUAGCGCUUACGGGAGAAUACGAAGGCCUAUACGCAUUCCCUUGUACCACUGAUGUCACAGUCACCAUAUCUUUUGGCGGUUCCGCCUGGGCGAUCAACUCUGCAGACAUGAACCUCGGUUCUGUCCCCAGUUCCAUCUCGGGUACUUCGAGUGAGCUGUGCGCUGGUGGCAUCUUUGACAUCGGCAACAGCGUUGGCAGUGGCUCUGGCGUCCCCACCUGGAUCGUUGGUGACACGUUCCUCAAGAACGUGUACUCCGUCUUCCGUGCCAAUCCCGCUGCCGUCGGUUUUGCAGAGCUUGCCAGUGGCGUAAGCACUUCGACCGGUACUUCCACCUCGAACCCUGCAAAAGUGUCUACGACAGCUACCCCAACCAGCAGCUCAGGCAACCCCCUCCUCGGCACUGCAUCUACCAACACGAAUAUUGCUGUCUCACUCACCCUCCUCGCAUCUGUGGCAGCCUGCUUCACCCUCUUGUUCUAG